AUCCUCGCCACUGGGCUGAGUGCCCUGUACUCCUCUCUGCCCCGGAAGAUCGAGGUGCGCGGGGACGACUGGCACUUCCUGCGGAGGGAGGAUUGGAUCGGCGUCUCCUCUUUGGUUCUGUUCAUGAAUUCUCUGGAGUUCUGUAACGCAGUCACUCAGGUGGCGCAUCCUCUGGUCCAGAACCAGCUGGUGGAGUAUAUACACAACGGCUUCCUGGUGCCAGUGAUGGGCCCCGCGCUGCACAAGACCUCCAUUGAGGAGAUGAUCGCCAGCACCGCCUACCUAGAGCUCUUCCUGCGCAGCGUCACAGAGGCGGCUCUGCUGAAAACCUUCCUGAGGUUCAUCGUCCUGCAUCGGCACGACAGCGCCACCAUCCUGCACACCCUGAUCAGCCGCAUUGCCAGCAACUCCCGGCUCUGCAUGGUGUCUCUGACCCUGUUCCGCACUCUACUCAACCUGAACUGUGAGGACGUCCUGCUGCAGCUGGUGCUGAGGUAUCUCAUCCCCUGUAACCACGUCAUGCUGAGCCAGAGAAGAGCCGUAAAAGAUCUGGACCUGUACUCAAAGACCGCCGACAAAUUCCUGUCCCUCAUCCCUCAAUGUUGUAGAAAAGAGACCCUGCUGUCCCAGGAGCGGGAGGAGGAGCACGCCACCUGGACAAAAGCUCAGGGCAGCCCGAGUAUAGACACGUCGUCCGUCCACACUGUACCGCGCCCCUCCACCCCCUCUAGGAUGGGCUUCUUCAUGCGCCAGUCGGCCCCUGACAGCCCCUCUCACCGCUCCUCAGGGUUCAGCUCUCAGGACCCCGUCCCCCGUCAUGGCGCCCUCUCAUGGGAUGAAGUGUCGGAGUUGGACGGGAAUUAUCUGGAGUAUUUGCAGGAGGCGCGGGCAGGGAUUGACCGCUGCACCCGCGCCUGUCGUGUCUGGUCCGCCCCUUAUGAUGGUGAGGAGCCCAGCCCCCGCAGCAUCUCACCCCCAACACCCGAGGAGGUCACGGUGUCCCCUGAUUACUUCUCUCCCCCUCACACAUCCUCUAGGGGUCAGGACAAGGAUCGGGAGGCACGGCGGCACAGCAUAACACCGCGGACUAAGAAACGCAGUUUACAGGAGGAGGAAGGUGGGCGCAGCGCAAGAGUCCAGGACCGGGGGCACCUGGAAUCCUCUCACGAUGGGCCGCCAGGCCCUGCCCUAAUGAACGGGGCUGUCACGGACGAGCAGCGGUAUUUGGGGAGUACCCAGAGGACGGCUGGUCAUCCGGGCCGAACGGAUAAUUUUGAGAUUAAAAAAGUGAAGCGGGAGCCCCCGGAGGAGGACGGAGAGAUGGGCCGAUCUGUGGGGGUGGAGCAAGUGAUGGGGGUGGGGCCCCGAGCUGAGGAGGCAGCGGCUACAAGUCAACACUGGUCACCGACCCCAUGGGAGGGAACAGACUCUGUGGACAGCCUGAUCGACGAGCUGCUGGGACGGGCCCCGACUGAGACCAAUGGGGCCCAUGUGAGCACCCAGAAGCUGGGAGAGGAGCUGAAGGAGAUGGAGGAUGGCAUGAGGGUUGUAGCCGUACAGGAGGAGGCGGCAGACGGGCACAUGACCAUCCCAUCAGAGGAUGAGCAGGAUGGCGCUGAUCACCGGGAAACGUGCAAAACCAAGAGCCGCGCUGACUCCCUCACCCUAAUGCUUAACAGCCCCCUGCGGGCACAGAGCGGCAGCCAGCCAUACACGGGUCCAUUUAUCGCCAUCCUCUUUGCUAAACUGGAGAACAUGCUGAGCAACUCCCUGUACGUCAAUUUCCUGCUGACCGGCAUCGUAGCCCAGCUGGCAUGUCACCCGCAGCCGCUGCUCCGCUCCUUCCUGCUGAACACUAACAUGGUAUUCCAGCCUAGUGUCAAGUCCCUGGUGCAGGUUCUGGGAUCGGUGAAGAAUAAGAUUGAAGCUUUUGCCGCCUCUCAGGAGGAUUUUCCCACUUUGCUCUUUAAGGCAAAAAAGUUCCUGAUCGCCCGAGGGAAGCUGGAAUGGGGCGAGGGGCAGGGCUCUGUGCCCGCCCUGCGCCGCUCUGAUACCCUGGUGAAGAGUCGGAAGCCGUCCAUCGGAGAGCUGAUCUUGCGGCACACUAACAGCCCCACGCGGGCCCGGCAGGCUGCGCAGAUGGCGUUCCAGCACGUCCGGGACGGUCAGGUCCUCCACGCCCUCUCGGGGACGUCCAUCUUCAAGACGUCAGCAGAGAAGCAGAACGAGGCGCUGCGGGUGAAGAACGCCGUCUACUGCGCCGUCAUCUUCACCGAGUUCAUGAAGGAGCUGGCGGCCAUCACCCAGGAGCACGCGGUCACCUCCCCCUACCUGCUGACGGAGGAGUGAUGGGGGGGGGGGUCAGUUACUGGAGAGCCCGCCUGGCCAGGGAUCAGCUGACCUGGGCCCCGCCCCCUGGACUAUAGGGUGGGGUGACCCCUUAGACACAGGCAGCUUUCAUCUCGGACCAAUUUCACCAACGGCUGCGUCACGACCAUACGUGGCGCCAUUUUUAAGUUAUUAUUGGACGUGUCUGUGUGUAUAUAGCUGUAUGUACAUGUGUGUAUAUAUCUAUAUUUAUAUAUACAUGCGCCCGCCGUACACCGCACUCUGCCCACUGGAAUUCUGGGAGAUCCAGUUUUUACAACCAAUUGUUGCCUGAAGGGUCAUAGUUGGCUCCUCCCCCUAUGGCAGCUUUGUAGAUGUUAACCCCUCGGUGUGUGGUGUUAUGUCUGUCACCCCUUAUAUCUGUAGGGUACUGACCCCGGAGUGAGAACGGGUGAAACCAGACACACUCCUGCCAUCUUCAGGUCCCCACUGGAACUGCAGCAAGUGAGACAAGAGCCCUGCAGUGCCACCUGUCACUUUCAGGAUUAGGGCAGCCUCAGAAUCCGUCACCCACUGGGGGGGGUGUAAACCCUGAAGCCUUUCUGUGUGGAGGGGAUGUAUGUUUGGGAUUCCUGUCUGGGCUUCAGCUGUGCCUGUGGGGUGCAGCUCUGGGCGUAUGUGUGGGGGGCCCCUGUGGGGUGCAGCUCUGGG